GGUGUGGGGGGGGUGAAGGGGUGUGGUGACGGUGACGUCUUUCUCGCGCGCCGGGCACGCGUGCGCGUUGAAAUUGUUGGCGCCAAAUGUGGCGGUUGGUCGGGUCAGAGGAGGAGCGGCAGCAGCAGUAGCAGCGGUAGCGCGCGGGGCCGCCCAGCAGCCAGAUGGAUAUUCGGAAAUUCUUCGAUACCAUUCCUGCCGGAAAGAGAAGUGGGAAUGAGACCUCUGAAAGGAAGAGCAGAGCGAAAAGCGGAAUCAAAGUGACAUCCGAUGUGAAGAAGAAACCCAGGGAGCCCAAGGGGAAGAGUUCAUCUGAUGACUCGAUAGCCAUAAAACCGAAGGCAACGCACCGGAAGAAGCACAUUAUUUAUGAUUCAGAUUCUGAACCAGAGUUGCUGCCUCCAGAUAAGAAACCUAAGAAAUCCCCCUCAUCAUCCAAGCCUGCAAAAGUAUCCAAACCAGCGAUUAUCACAGUGGUUUCUGAAACUGAUGAAGAGGAUGAUUAUCAGCAAGGCAGCAAAAGAACUCAGAAGUCCCGUGAGAAUGGGUUGUCCUCUCCGAGAUCAAGCAUCCGUCCCGGAACAUCUGGGUUUGGCAAGUCCACAGUCAGUAAAUCGAAGACCAAACCUGCACAUGCCAAACUCGCCAGCCCAAUGAAGGUCACCACCUCAGUAAUGGAUUACUUUGGCACGAGCAGUGUCCAGAGAUCAAACAAGAAACUGGUGGCCAGCAAACGGAAAGCGCCUUCGGGCAGCCUGGAUUCAACAAUGGAAGAUGAGGAGUUUGCUCACCAGCUUGAAGAUGAUGUGGAGCUUGAGAGACAAUUGCAUGAAGAUGAAGAGUUUGCCAGAACCUUGGCGAUGUUGGAUGAGCUGCCUAAAAGUAAAAAGGCGCGGACGGGUUCCGAAGGCCAGGAAUUAUCGUUAUCCUUGGUGGUUAAAGCCAAACCCAGAAAAACUGCUGAUGAACAGACAGAAGAAAACUCAGGCAAGUCGCUGGGCCAGUCUGAUGACCAUGGAAGGCGCCGCAGCGACCGCAUUACGUUGGAGAAAUCCAGGACUGCUUCCCAACCUCCACCUGGGAGCUCCAUUCACAGAGAAGAAAAGCUCUCCAGUAAAUCGUCUCCUCUGAAAACCAGCUCUAAACUUGCGUUUAUGAAACGUAGGGAAGAAUCGUCUGGGAUGAAGAAGGCAUCGACGCCAGUAGAAGAGAAAAUUAUUUCUCCAAAGAAAGAGGAGAAAAUCUCACCAGCAAAAUCUGUGAGUCCAGAGGACAGCGAGAAGAAACGUCAGAAUUACUUGGCUUAUCGCAGCUACUUGAACCGUGAUGGACCUCGAGCGCUGGGGUCAAAAGAAAUCCCUCAGGGAGCUGAGAACUGUUUGGAGAAUCUUUCAUUCGUAAUUACUGGGGUCCUGGAGUCAAUGGAGCGCGAUGAAGCCAAGUCUCUAAUAGAGCGAUAUGGAGGGAAAGUGACUGGAAAUGUCAGUAAAAAAACCAAUUACCUGGUGAUGGGCCGGGAUAGUGGUCGAUCCAAGCUGGAUAAAGCAGAGACCCUUGGCACCAAACAGAUUGAUGAGGAUGGCCUGUUGGAUCUGAUCCACAAAUUGCCAGGAAAGAAAUCCAAGUAUGAGAUUGCAGCUGAAGCUGAGGUUAAAAAAUUGAAAGUAGUUUCAGAGGAAAGAAACAAGGUAUCGGGGAAAAGUUCCACACGCAAUGUGAAGGUUUCAACACCCUCAAAGAAAUGGAGUGAGCAUCAAAAAGACGGCCCUUCAACCAGCAGUCCUCCAACACGAGAGAAUGGCAACUCUUUGAGAGGUGUGAAGAGCAUCUCGUUCAGUGCAGAACCCUUUGCCUCUACAUCAAGGCUGAAGACAGCAAGUGCCUCUCAGCUGUCAGCGAAGGAGGAAGAAGCGAGCUUGCUGUGGGUGGAUAAGUACAAGCCAACAGCCCUGAAAAAUAUCAUAGGACAACAAGGGGAACAGAGCUGUGCCAACAAGCUGCUCCGCUGGUUGAAGGACUGGCAUAGGAACAACUCUGGGGGCAACAAGCCUAUAGCAAAGUUUCACAGGUUUGGCGGAAGGGAUGAUGGUUCAAGUUCCAAAGCUGCUCUACUCUCUGGUCCUCCUGGUGUGGGGAAAACCACCACAGCCACUCUCGUCUGUAUGAAUUUGGGAUUCAGCUACGUUGAACUCAACGCCAGUGACACCCGGAGCAAAAACAGCUUGAAGGAAGUGGUAGCAGAGUCACUGAACAACACCACCAUCACUGGCUUCUACUACGGAGCUUCAUCCUCAGUAAGCAGUAAACAUGUGCUGAUCAUGGAUGAGGUGGAUGGAAUGGCUGGCAAUGAGGACCGGGGAGGAGUUCAGGAACUGAUCGCUCUAAUUAAACAGACCAAGAUUCCAAUCAUCUGCAUGUGCAAUGACAGGAACCAUCCCAAGAUCCGCUCCUUGGCCAAUUACUGCUUUGACCUCCGCUUCCCACGUCCCCGACUGGAACAGAUCAAGGGUGCCAUGAUGACUGUUGCUUAUAAAGAAGGUUUGAAGAUUCCUCCUCCAGCCAUGAAUGAAAUUAUCCUUGCAGCCAAUCAGGAUAUCAGACAGGUUUUGCAUAAUAUUACCAUGUGGUGUGCAGAUAAGAAAUCAAUGACUUAUGAUCAGGCCAAGAAAGAUGGCAAAAGUGCCAAGAAAGAUAUUAAGCUGGGUCCAUUUGAUGUUGUGAGGAAGGUGUUUGCUACCGGUGAGGAGACUGCUCGUAUGAGCCUAAUCGACAAGUCUGACCUCUUCUUCUAUGACUAUUCAAUAGCACCACUGUUUGUUCAGGAGAACUACAUCCAUGUGAAGCCAGUAGCCGCAGGCUCAAACAUGAAAAAACACCUGAUGCUGCUGAGUAAAACGGCCGAAAGCAUCUGUGAUGGUGAUCUGGUCGAUAAAAUGAUCCGUUCAAAGCAGAUCUGGACUCUCCUCCCUACUCAGGCUAUUUAUGCCAGUGUUAUUCCUGGUGAGUUGAUGAGAGGCUACAUGUCACAGUUUCCAUCUUUCCCAAGUUGGUUGGGAAAAUAUUCCUCUACUGGCAAGCAUGAUCGCAUCACACAAGAACUUACCAGGCACAUGUGUCUAAGGACUCAAACCAGUAAGCGAGCAGUGAAUCUGGACUACCUCCCUUACCUGCGGGACACACUGGUUCGGCCGCUGGUGGAGGAAGGAACCAAUGGGGUUCGUCACGCUGUUGGAACGAUGGAUGCAUAUUAUCUUAUGAAAGAGGAUGUGGACAGUAUCAUGGAGAUUUGCAGCUGGGGGGGCAGAUCUGAUCCCUUUGCAAAAUUAGACCCAAAGGUCAAAGCUGCCUUCACUCGGGCCUAUAACAGGGAGGCCCACUUGACGCCCUAUGCACUGCAGGGGAUAAAGAAAUCAAAACGUGGAGCUGGACCUUCCCAAGACACAGAGCUUGAGACUGAGGGCGUCCAGCCAGAGGAAGUGGUGGUGGAGGAGGAGGAGGCUGCAAACAGUAUGGAAACAGAUCCCAUGAUUAAGCCAAAGAAAACAUCGAAGAUCGUAAAGGAAGAAAAAAUACAACCACAGCGAAAAGGAGGGAAAAGUAAAGGGAAGGGGAAGGUGACGAAGUGACAUUGUACAGACUUGGCUGUUGAAUGGCUAGUUGUGCUUCUUGAACCAAACUGGACUGCAGUUCAGGCUCUGGUGUUCACCAGCGACUGAUGGAGAGAAGGGUUACUUUUGGGAUUCUUACAUUUUUAUUUUCUAUCUUUACUCAGCAGAAUACUGUUGUGUGAAGUAUUUGCCACUGUAUAUAAUAAUGUAAAGACCUACAUUUUAGGUUUUUUUUUUGAAAAUUGUACAUUUAACAGAAAUGUGGCACAAAAUUUGAAUAAAGUAAUUUCUGCAGUUGAAUCUGCACAACAAAGGUGA